AUGACCCUCACUCUAUCAUUCGCCCUGUUCAUUGUCACGUCCAACUUUGACGUCUACCAGACCCAAGAGAUCAAUGCCGUCGAUGGAUCGGUCUUCCAGGAGUGGGCCAUCUUCGCCGCUGAGCCGGAUUGCAACGAGGUUCUCAACUUCCCGUCGACUAUUGGUUCGAUCGAGAUGAUGUCAGCCGGAGGGUAG